AUGCAUUUGUCAAUUGGCGGUGGUAUGGGCAUGAGCUUUGUCGGACUCUCGUAUAUUCUUCUCGCCGGUCUCGGGCUGUUGGGGCUUGUCGCUGCACGUUCCGAUGUGGUUCACCAUUGUCCACCCCGUAUGUCGGACCGGCCAGUUGUCAAAUGGAUCAGUCAACCAGCCGAGGCAGUCUUGACCAGCCACUUCCUCGACAAUCCGCAGGACACGGGUGUGGCCAUGAUGUGCACGCGCGACCCUUCUGCGUCGACACCGCUGGUCACGCAGCUCGAGAAUGCUUGGGAGCAGGACGAGGGCAAGACGUAUUUCGACGUCAGUAACAUCGCAGGGGCGCCUUUUGUCAACGAGGGCUUCGAGAUGGACGUCGACGACCCGGAAGAUCCCAGUCUCAGUCUUUUCGAAAACUCCAAUGAAGUGGGCGUCUUCGCCAACCUCACCAACAGUUACUGUCUUGUCGCGGUUGGGGCUUCUGAGAACUUCUACUCCAUCUUCGAGUCCGAACUCGCUGAUCUCAUCCCCAUCGCCCACUGCACCAUCGCCGGCACCCGCAUCGUUGGCCGCUUGACUUCAGGCAACAAGAAUGGUCUCCUAGUCCCCACGUCCACCACCGACCAGGAAUUACAACACAUCCGCAAUACUCUGCCAGAUAGUGUCAAGGUUGAAAGGAUAGAGGAGAGAUUAUCGGCGCUGGGCAAUGUCGUGUGUUGCAAUGACCACGUUGCCCUCGUCCAUCCGGACCUCGAACGAGAAACCGAAGAAAUCAUCGCAGACACCCUGGGCGUCGAAGUCUUCCGCCAAACCAUCGCCGGCAACGUGUUGACCGGCUCCUACAUGUCCCUCUCAAACCAAGGCGGCAUCGUCCACCCGAAAACAAGUAUUCAAGAUCAAGACGAGCUGAGUUCGUUACUACAAGUGCCGCUAGUUGCGGGCAGUGUCAACCGAGGCAGCCCCGUCGUUGGUGCCGGCAUGGUUGUCAACGACUGGUUGGCCGUGACGGGAAUGGACACCACGGCUACAGAACUGAGCGUCAUCGAGAGUGUCUUCAGACUGGGCGAAGGCGGCCCCGGUGGACUGGAUGCCAGGAUGAAGGCCAACAAGGAGAGCAUUGUCGAGAGCUUCUAUUGA